AAUCGCUGCAGUUAAAAGAGGACAUGAUGUCUGUUUAGAGGCUUCAUGGGACGUUGAAGGAUUGUGUGAAUGUGGACGGUGGCGUUGGAGGAUAGAUUCUGGAAUUAAACGGGUGGACUUCAGGAAUUACAUUAACUGAGUUGUGACUCACUGUAGACUGUGAACGUGAUGUUGGGUUUGUUGUGGUUCUGCUUCGCGUCUGUGUUCUGUGUCUCUGGAUUUGACGUUUUAUCCUGUAGAAACUCUUCGGUCACAAUGAAUGUGGUUCUGCUGGAGGAUGAAGGUUCGCCCUGGAGUCUGAAGUUUGUACAGAAUGUGGUUGUUGAGGCUGUUGAAGCGGAAAACAAAAAGAACAAGGAUGCAGGGUUGGACUUCAUGAUCAAGGUGCUGUUCAGCGGUUUUAACACGACUCUUUACCGGCGCAGAGGUUGCAGCAGCAGUACAUGUGAAGCCGUGGAGAUUCUCAAAUCACUGCAUAACAACAGUGAGGUUGGCUGUGUCAUGCUGGGCCCGUCCUGCACAUACGCAACUUUCCAGCUGGUCGAUCAAGAAAUUGGUUUGACUUUAACUAUCCCGAUCAUCUCAGCUGGUAGUUUUGGUCUGUCGUGUGACUAUAAAGAGAAACUCACCCGUCUGUUGCCUCCUGCGCGCAAAAUUUCAGACUUCUUCGUCCAUUUCUGGAACGAGGCCGUUCUUCAUCUGAAACCGGAGUGGAAAACAGCAUAUAUUUAUAAAAAACCCAACAACACAGAGGAAUGCUUCUGGUAUAUAAAUGCUCUGGAGGCGCCGUCCGCUCUGUUCUCAUCCAAUGUCUCCAGAGAGAUGCUGAGGAGCCAAGAAGAGCUGACAGCAGCCCUCAGAAACCCUGAUCGCCAUAGCAACAUUUUUGUUGUGUGUGGAACUCCAGAUGAUGUUCAGUCCAUGAAGAACACAAGCAGUGUUCCAGCAGAAGUGCUGUUUGUCCUCAUUGACCUGUACAAUGAGGGAUAUCACACCAACUACUCCAGCUUUGAGCACAUGCGGAACGUUCUGGUGGUCACCAUGCACAACUUCAGGAACUACUCCAGCAACAACUUCUGGAAAAUAAACAGCUUGGUGCUGAACGAUUACGUGGUCGGUUACCAUGACGCUGUGCUUCUGUUCGGUCACGUGAUGAGAGAGAAUCUACUAGCGAUUAAGAAGUCAUCUGGCAAGACCAGCAGCAUCAUCGAAAACCCCUUCAGAAACAUGUCGUUUGAAGGUUUUGGUGGACACUAUGAAUUAGAUGCUAGUGGUGACAGAGAUCUCAAUCUGUCGGUAGUUUACACGACUAGUACAAACCAGUAUAAGACGCUGUUUGUGUUCGACACGUCCAGUAACAAAACGAAGCAGAAUCACUCGAACCCUGACCUGCCGUGGGCUGGAUCCCGUCUGCCCAGCGACAAACCUGCUCAUGCAUUAGAGGUUCAGAAUAUCAUCAUGAUAGUUCUCGGCCUCAGUGUUGUCAUGGCAACUGCGAUUGCUUUUAUCUUGUACAGGCAGAACAGGCGAGUGCGUUUCAAUCAGAAGAAAUGGUCACACAUCAAUCCAGCGCUCAUCACACCACUACACGACAAAGCGACAAACUACAUCAGCCUCAGAAUUGAUGAAGAUAAGAAAGGAGACAGCAGCAUCCAGAUACACAAGGGCCGAUAUGACAAAAAGCCGGUCAUUCUGAAGGAGUUGAAGAACACAGAUGGGAAUUUCUCUGAGGAUCAGCGGAUUGAACUCAACGCACUGUUGCGUAUAGAUUAUUAUAAUCUGACUAAGUUCUACGGGACGGUGAAGUUUGAGUGUGGUGUGUUUGGAGUUUUUGAGUUCUGUGAGCGAGGAUCACUCAGGUAUGUGCUGAACGAUAAGAUCUCGUAUCCUGAUGAGAGUUUCAUGGAUCUGGAGUUUAAGAUCUCAGUCAUGUACGACAUCGCGAAGGGAAUGUCGUACCUUCACUCCAGUAACGUCGGCGUUCACGGGAGACUGAAAUCGACAAACUGUGUUGUGGACAAUCGUAUGGUGGUGAAGAUCACGGACUUCGGCUGUAACACAAUCCUCACGCCCGGGAAAGACUUGUGGACGGCUCCCGAGCACAUGCGUGUUCAGGGAAUCUCUCAGAAAGGAGACAUCUACAGUUUCGCCAUCAUCUCUCAGGAGAUCAUCCUCAGAAAGAGUCCGUUUUACACCAGCUGCUGUUCUGAUACUGCAGAGAAACUUUAUCGUGUUCAGAAUCCGAGAGGGCCGAAUGUCUUCAGACCGGAUCUCAGUUUUGAGUCCGUUGGAGAGACUGAAGCAGAGCUGUUUGUGUUGAUCAAGAGCUGCUGGGAGGAGGAUCCAGAGAAGAGACCGGACUUCAAGAGAAUCGAGGGCACUCUGGGGAAAAUCUUCAGUAAUCUUCACAACCAGGCCAACGCCAGCUACAUGGACAACCUGAUCCGCAGACUGCAGAUGUACUCCAGAAACCUGGAACACCUGGUGGAGGAGAGAACGGCGCUGUACAAGGCCGAGAGAGACCGAGCCGAUCAGCUCAACUGCAUGCUGCUGCCGGGGCCGGUGGUGCGUUCACUAAAGGAAACUGGUCGCGUGGAGCCCGAGCUGUAUGAUGAGGUCACUAUCUACUUCAGUGACAUCGUGUGCUUCACGACUCUCUGUCAUCACAGCACACCGAUGGAGGUGGUGGACAUGCUCAAUGACAUCUACAAGAACUUUGACAGCAUCCUCGACAACCACGAUGUCUACAAGGUGGAGACUAUCGGUGAUGCAUACAUGGUUGCGUCAGGUCUGCCCAGACGCAACGGUAACAGACAUGCGGUGGACGUUUGUCUCAUGGCUCUGGACAUUCUGGAGUUCUUGGGAACGUUUCAGCUCAGACACCUGCCGGGAAUUCCAUUGUGGAUCCGAAUCGGAAUACACUCAGGUCCAUGCGCUGCAGGUGUUGUGGGUAAUAAGAUGCCGAGGUAUUGUCUGUUUGGAGACACAGUCAACACAGCGUCACGAAUGGAGUCCACAGGCAUGCCUCUGAGGAUUCACGUGAGCGAGUCGACCAUUGAGAUCUUACAGAGAACAGACUGUCAGUUUGAGUGUGAACGCAGAGGAGAAACUUACCUGAAGGGUAAAGGAAAGGAGAUGACAUAUUGGCUAACUGGAGUAACGGGGCGGAAAUACAACCUGCCGACUCCACCAACAGCAGAGAACUUCCAGCGUCUGCAGCAGGAUCUGGCCGACAGAAUUAUCUCUGCGCUCGACAAAAAAGGAAACGAAUGGAGGAAAACACUCUCAACACGCCAGAGACGAACACAGAGACACAGCAGCGAUAACCAGCCUGAAUACCUGCACCUGACUGACCCCAACACACACCCGUAACACACACACACCUGAUGUUUCGUGUAUUUAACUGUGUAGUUAAAGGGAUAGUUCACCUAAAAAAAAACAAGAGUGUCAUCAUUUAAUCACCUUCAUGUUGAAUGACUGUCCCAGUCACCAUUCACUUUCACUGUGAGGACAAAAGAUGCAAUGAAAGUGAAUGGUGACUGAGACAGUCAUACAGGUUUGGAACGAGUAAAUGAUGACAGAAUAUUCAUUUUUGGUUGAACUAUCCCUUUAAGCAUUCUUCAUUGAGUUUUUGUGUAAAUCAUAUUUGAUAUUCAUUGAGCAAAUAUGAUGAUUUAAUCAUUUUCUGUCCUGGAAUGAAUGUUUUUUUUUUUGUAUGUAUCACUUUUAUGUGCAAUAUGACUUCAUAACAAUCUUUUCUUACUAAUAUAAAUAUGGAACAAGAGACAAACUUUAUUGUAUUAUUCAGAAUGUUUUAUUAACCAAACUUAUUGCUUAUAAAAUAAUAGAAGAAAAAUGUGAGACAGCAGAAAUUAAUUCUGAUACAUUCGCUAAUAUACAUAAAACACAAACAUAUGACACUGUUUUCUGAACACAUUAACAAAACAGAAAAGAGCAGAGAAAAUACAGUAUAUAUAUACUGUAUUUUCUCUGCUUUUUUCUUAUAUAUACACACACACAUAUACAGUAUUUGACUUUUAUCAGUCAGCAAAAAUUCUCCCCAAAAAAUACAUUGAUGUAUUUUUUAAAUGACGGAUGUCAUUUUUGUGACUUUAAAGUAACAGCUAAUGACAUUUGAAACUGAAUUCAUCCCAUAUAAAGGUCUAUAACUGUAUAUAAACAAACAAACAAUUAUAUACACGAAAAUGAAUUGCAAAUAUAUGCAUUUGGUGCCAAACGUGAGCUGAAUUCAGUAUAUAUAAUUGCCAUAUUGAAUAUGGCUGGGUAUUGAUGGAGCUUUCCUGAUUUGAUUUGAUUUCAAUUCAGAUAUAAACACAAUUUGAUUUGAUAAAUUUGUGCAUACUUCCGUUAUAAUGUUCAUUUUGCUUACAUAUAAAAGAAAUUCUCUUUCAGCUAAUGCUUUUAAUUAUUCAGGGAACUUUCUAGCUUGGUACAUUACGAAAAUAUUAAUUUUAAACAUUAACAACAAUGGCAAAACCAUAUAGCAGAUAUAAUAAACACAACCAACUCUGAAGUAUUCUUUAAAGUAAAAGAGUGAUAUUGGGAUUUUAAGAAUCGAUAUCAAGAUCGUUCAAAUAAAGAUUAAUCAGAUAAAUCAAUAUUUCUACCCAGCUAUUAACCCUUGUGCAUCAAUUUAUAAAAGUUACUCAGAGGUCCUUAGAGGAGAGAAAUGUCAAAAAACUGCCAUAAUAAUAUUAUAUA